GCUGCAAUUACUGCUCAUCUAUCAUUGUCAUUCUCGAAUGUUCUCAAUCAAGACGAAGGACCGAGUGCAAAUAUCAUUUGACCUCUCUGCCUUGCUCUUCGACAGCGCUUUCUGAUAUUGGCCGCUCCAAGAUUCAAUCACAACUUCUCCUAUACCGUUGAGCUGACUGUGUAGGCCGGCCUGCUAGGUUGUGCGGCUUGUAUGUUCCUUUUUGGCGGCAGCGGUAGUCCGCCUACAAGCAGCGAUGAUCUCAGUCUGGGCAUGAGGAUCGCUGCCUUGUAUCUGAAGCUCAAAGGAAAGCCGAUGUCCAAUGUGCAAAAGUACGAAGCGAAUAUACUAGGGCGUACCUACCCGUCCCCAGCUAACAUCCCUGGUCGGAUGCGUAAGCAGUAUCAUCUACGCGACAGGACCCUGGCUGGACAUCGCGUCGUCACCUUCGGCCCAAAGAAUCGCGCAAGUCGCUGGCACAUCGUAUACUACCAUGGUGGAGCCUACGUGCGAGACCUCGUCGGGCCACACUGGUCUAUAAUCAAAAGUCUCAUGGAAGCGACCGGGGCCACCGUUACCGUGCCGCUCUACCCGCUCGCCCCAGAGUGCAACAACCGCGCUGCAUUCUCCUUCCUCGCCGAAGUCUAUGGCGAAAUCUUAGCUACUACAUCGUCCGCCAGCGUUGUGUUCGCAGGUGACUCGGCGGGCGGGGGAUUAGCCCUGGGGCAUGCAACUGAAAUUAGGCGCAUGGGGCUGCCUCUUCCUGCCCGCAUCAUCCUCUUCUCUCCAUGGUUGGAUCUGACAUUAGCCGACGCCGCUGCACGUGACUUAGAGUCAAACGACCUAAUGCUGACCAUUGAUGCGUUGCGGCUCUGUGGAAAGUGGUGGGCGGCGGAUGACGACGUACUGCUGCCCCGUCUCAGCCCACUCUAUGCCGACCUGAAGGAAUUACCGCCAAUUGACAUGUUUCAAGGCUCAGGCGAUAUUCUCGUCAUAGACGCUCGGACAUUCGCCACGAAGGCAAGAGAAGCUGGCAACUGUGUCUACUACAGCGAGGUCAGGGGUGCCUUCCAUGUCUUCAUGGGUGCUACCUUUACUCCAGAAGCGAAAGCUGUCUUUGCGCACAUCGCCUCAUCACUGCCCAGAGCGGCAGCCAGUCCCGUCCCCGGCGCGCUCAGUACAUCGCCGACAUUAUGACUCCGCUCUCCUCCUUCUGUGCCGACGAAUAUGGCGUCUAUAAGUACAGUCUGAAUCACAGGUUGGGAAUGGAGGCGCACAUCCGAAAAUGCCAGGAUUCUCUUCCAGCGUUCAAAGCUGCGCAUUGGCGGAGGAGAAGAUGACAAGCUUUGCCAAGAGCGAUGAAACAAAGCAGUAGAUACGCCAAGCCGCCCUUGGUGGCAGUCACAUUCAGGACGAGCACCGCUCAGUGGACGAUGCAUAUCACAAGUAGCGACCUGGCGCUUACUUCUGGGGGAGUAGAAUUC